AUGAAAAUUCUUCCUUACAUAUUUCUCUCCUUCAUUUUGAUCAAUAUUCUCUCCAUUCAUUCAACGCAUCGCCGCGCCGAGAGGAAACCGGAAGCGUGUCCCUUCGACGCGCUUCCGGCAGAGGGCGCCCCGCAACCUCCGCCGCGACAUAUGCGAUAUUCCGGAUCCUUUCUGCGGCAAGGCGGCCUUCUGCCGAGGAGUAAAAGCGCGGCGCCGAAUAAGACGCCGUCCAAGAAAAAGAUGACAGCUGAUUCUGAUAAGGAUUCUACACACUGCUUAGUGUGCAAUAGUAAAGUUGGAGUAUCCACCAGAAAUAGCUUGCGCAUCUUCAAUGAUUCUUCCAUCACUACAUCGGAGAAGCCGCUUGCUGAUGUUAUAGCUACCGUUUUAGAAACAGAUGUUAAUGAGGAAUCUGUUCAUUCCCUUGUCAUUUGUAAAAAAUGUUUUAAAUUAUUCAAUGAGGUGGAUGAGCUUGAAACUAGAUUGACAGAAAUCAAGCUUGAAUUAUUUAACAAUUAUAAAAGAACAGUAAAGAAAUUGUCCAACACAUUUCAUAAUGAAGAAGAAUAUAAUGACCAUGAUUAUAUAGACAAUACAGAAAAUCAAAACAUUGUUGAAACAGAGGUAAUCCAAACUGAUAGCUAUACAGCAGAUGAUACACCAGAAGAAGAAGAAUUACUUGUAAAUCCAGAAGAAAUUAUAUUAGAAGCUGAAGACCCAAACGAUUCAAAUGAACCGAGCACAAUAGAAAAUUACAAAAAGAAAUUGAAAAAAAGCAAAGUUAAUAUGAAAGUAGAACCUAUUCAGGAACAAAUUGUACUUAGAGAGGAAUCUUCAUACAGUUGCUUGUUAUGUACAGAUGAAAAGGAAAGAGUUACCGCAGAUGCUAAAACUAUUAUAGCACAUAUGAAAGAUGUACAUGAUGCUCGUUUAUAUAUUUGUGAUGUGUGCGGGCAGGAUUUCAGAAAAAGAAACGAACUUUCCUUGCAUCUUGAUGAUCACGUUGCAAAGGAGGAAGGGGAUUUUCAAUGUGAGAUAUGUAAUAGAAUAUUUAGCAAUUUACGAUUAUUCAGAAUUCAUAAAAGGAUACAUUAUCCGCAAGUGAAGUCGUGGCCCUGUGAGGCAUGUGGAAAGAGAUACAGUUCCAAAAAUCUAUUAGAAGAACACAUGAAUACACAUAUGGGCGUACGUCCAUACGUGUGCGAGGUAUGCAAUAAAAGUUUCGCAUCCAAAUACACAUAUAGAGCGCACGUAAAAACACACGAAGUGCGACCUCGUCCAUUUGAGUGCACUCAAUGCAAUAAAACAUUUUUGAAUCAGCAAAAUUUAAAUCAACAUGAACGAACACAUAACGGCGUAAAGGAACAUGUGUGUCACCAGUGUGGCAAGGCUUUUGGCUCACCUCACAAUUUGGAAGUGCACAACAUAGUGCAUACCGGAUUUAAACCUUAUAUAUGUAGAAUAUGUAACAAAGCUUUCGCACGUAAAGCAGAAAUACGUGAUCAUGAACGAACCCAUACAGGCGAGAAACCGUAUCAGUGCGAGUUCUGUGGAGCAACAUUUAGUCAGAGAUCGAAUCUGCAAUCUCACAAGCGAGCAACGCAUUAUAAUGAUAAACGUUACAAGUGUGACAAAUGUCAAAAAGGUUUCAAAAGAAGAAGAUUGUUGGAUUAUCAUACAAAAGCAGCCCACACUGGUGAAAGACCAUACAAAUGCGACGUAUGUGCAGCUACAUUCGUCUACCCUGAGCACUUCAAGAAACACAGACGCAUACAUACAGGCGAGAAACCGUAUCUUUGUGAGGUUUGUGGAAAAGCUUUUAAUAGUAGGGAUAAUAGAAAUGCACACAGAUUUAUUCAUAGCGAUAAAAAGCCAUAUGAAUGUCUGGUAUGUGGUUUGGGAUUUAUGAGAAAACCAUUGCUUUAUGCCCAUAUGCAAACUCAGGGCCAUUUAAAUGACACCAUAGUAGUGAAUCAACCAAGAUUAACAACGGAAGAUGAACAAGUAAUAACGAUUCCUAAUAAUGAUGAAUUAUUAAUGGAAGAAACUGAAACUGAACAGCUAAAUGAGGCCGGAUUGUACGUAACUGAAUUGAAGGAUCACGUGAUUAUACAGCAAGAAGGAGAAGAUCAAAUAUAUAAUGAAGAAGAUGUAUUGAAUAUACCUGCUGAAGAAACCGUAAAUAGCGGAGUGAAUCAACUCGUUGAGAAUCAGAUGGAUUUUGAGAGUGACGAGAUAGAAUGCAAAACUGAAGCUGUAGAACAAGUAGAAACGGUAUACACUUAUAACGAAAAUGAUGAAGAUGAGACGAUAGUUGUGCCCGCAACUAAUUAUAAAGAGCUGGUAGAAGAUAGUAAAAACGUUCGACUAGUACAGAUCAGAUUUCCCUCGUCUGUAGAUGGGGAGGGUAGAAGUUGGUUGAGCUUAGUACAAAAUAAUUGAACUUCUUCAUUCUAUCACAAUCUUGCAUAAUUUUGUUGGAGCAAAAUUAAGGUAGAUAUUCUGAUUUAAAAAAAGAACGAUAUUUUAUUUAUACGUUCUAAUAUAUAACAUAAAAAGUUUAUUAAUUAAAUUAAUUAUUUAUUACACGCAAGCGCUAUUUUAAUUACACUGAAUGUUUGGUAUAAUAUUUUUGUCACAAAUUUACAUACAAAAGUUUAAAUCAAUAUAAAAAAAACUAAGCAUUAUUUUCAUGAUACAUAAUUCUGAAAACAUAUAUAUAGAAUGUGGCAAAAUUAAAAAAAUAACUCAAGAUAAAAUGACAAAUGGCAAAGAAACUGAGAUAUAAUCUGAUUGUUCACUUUAAUCGUUUGCAGUGUAAUUCAGUUUAAUCUAUAGCAUUAUCUGCAAAUAAUAAGUUUUUAUUGUUUAAAAUCAGUAAAGUUUGUGUUUCUUUUUUUUAUCACAAUUUCUGAUAUGUGUAUACACACACUUUAGUAAUUAAGAAUUAUAUGUGAAUAUAACGAAUUUUUAAAACUGAC